UCUCCCCUCAGACUGCUCGCCUCCUCGCACCGGGGACGACGAAGAGGAGAAGCAUCACCUCGUCUUCCUCACAGUGCAGCAUCAGCAGCAGGAUUCUCCGCCUGCUUUCUGGGGUUUUUUGGUGUGAUUUUGACUGUUGGAUGUUUAUUGUUUGAAUUCACAAACUCAUCAUCAUCAUCAUCAUCAUCAUCACUGUCCUCCUCUUCCCGUUUAUCAUCAUCAAACUUUAAAGCCCCAGCAUGUAUCUGGAGAACCAAACGGAGAUGGAGAUGUCUCCGGCGUCGGCGCAGGGCCACCAGGGCCGGAGCUUCGGGGACCUUCGUCUGCUGCAGGGCAUCUCGGAGAGGAGAGACGCUCAGAAGCCUGCGGGCUGCGUCAUCCACGCCGAGGGCUUCGUCCCCGUCCGGCCGGACGACGGUUUCAGCGUGGUGAAUAUUCUCAGAGGGAAAUCCACCUCCGCCAACCUGACGGAGAAGUCGCCUCUGCUGAGAUUCUCUCAAGACGACGGGGUGUGUGUCUCCCCUGCUGGCAUGACCUACAUGACCUUACACGACCCCGGCUUCGUCGGCGGGGAGGAGCCUUGGCACGACGGGUCGCUGGACCUGGAGAGGAGGUACCGGCUGGGCAGCGAGGUCACCAGUCUGUCGGCGUCCCGGUCCGGCUCCUCGGAGAAGAGCGACCCGCUGGACGGCCUCAACCUCAGCCGCCGCUUCACCAGCAGCGUGAAAUGCUGCUUCAGAGUUUCCAAAAUUGCCACAAUGUUUACAAUCGUCGUCCUCUGCAGCCUCUUCUUCAGCAUGUAUCCAGACAGAGACAACCCCACCCGGCUGCUGGCCGUCUCCCCGGCAGACAGCUUCUCGGUGAACCUGACGGACUUCAGAGACAACGCUCUGCUCAAGCUGCAGGUGGGCGGGCCCUUCGCCCGCGGCAAGGUGGACCUCCAAGACCAGGACUACAUCCUGGUCCAGGUGGAGCAGACGGAGCAGGCGGGACAACGGAGGAGGAGGACUCAGCAGGUGAUUCAUAACUGGACCAUCCCUCUGCACGGGGAACGGAGCGACCAGAUCCUGGUGACCAAAACCUUUGAGAUGCUCAGCAGUGACCCCAUCGUCAUCACGUUCCAGGCCUUCCUGCCGGACAACGAGGUGGUGCCGCUGUCCAUGACCCACCAGUCGCUCUACGUCACCGUGGAGACGCAGGUGGCCAUCGCGGGCGUCAUCCUGACCGGAGUCUACGUGCUCAUCAUCUUCGAGAUUGUGCAUCGCACUCUGGCCGCCAUGUUGGGCUCUCUGGCCGCGUUGGCCGCUCUGGCCAUCAUCGGGGACAGGCCCAGUCUGGUCACCGUGGUCGAGUGGAUCGACUACGAGACGCUGGCUCUUCUCUUUGGCAUGAUGGUGCUGGUGGCCAUCUUCUCGGAGACGGGCUUCUUUGAUUACUGCGCCGUGAAGGCCUACCAGCUGUCCAGAGGGAAAGUGUGGCCGAUGAUCUUCAUCCUCUGCCUCAUCGCCGCCAUCCUCUCCGCCUUCCUGGACAACGUGACCACCAUGAUGCUCUUCACCCCGGUGACCAUCAGGUUGUGCGAGGUGCUUAAUCUGGACCCCAGACACGUCCUGAUCGCAGAAGUCAUCUUCACCAACAUCGGCGGCGCCGCCACGGCGGUCGGAGAUCCGCCCAACGUGAUCAUAGUGUCCAACCAGGACCUCCGCAAAGAAGGGAUCGACUUCGCCAGCUUCACAGGCUACAUGUUCCUCGGGAUUUUCCUCGUCCUCCUCACCUCCUUCCCGUUCCUGCGGCUGCUCUACUGGAACAAAAAGCUCUACAACAAAGAGUCCAUUGAAAUAGUCGAACUCAAGCACGAGAUUCUGGUCUGGAGGCAGACGGCUCAGCGCAUCAACCCGGCCAGCCGGGAGGAGACGGCGGUGAAGUGCCUCCUGAUGCAGAAGGUCCUCAACCUGGAGAGUCUGCUCCGCAAGAUGAUGAAGACCUUCCACAGUCAAAUUUCUCAAGAGGACAAGAACUGGGAGCAGAACAUCCAGGAGCUGCAGAAGAAGCACAGGAUAACCGACACGGUGCUGCUGGUGAAGUGCGUGUCCGUCCUCGCCGUGGUCAUCUUCAUGUUCUUUCUCAACUCCUUCGUCCCCAGCAUUCAUCUGGAGCUCGGCUGGAUCGCUAUCCUGGGUUCACUGUGGCUGCUGGUUCUGGCGGACAUCCAGGACUUCGAGAUCAUCUUGCAUCGGGUGGAGUGGGCCACGUUGCUCUUCUUCGCCGGCCUCUUCGUCUUGAUGGAGGCUUUAGCUCAGCUGCAGCUCAUCGACUACGUCGGGGAACAGACGGCGCUGCUCAUCAAAGCGGUGCCAGAGGACCAGCGCUUGGCCGUUGCCAUCAUCUUGGUCAUGUGGGUCUCGGCUCUGGCUUCUUCUCUCAUCGACAACAUUCCCUUCACUGCCACCAUGAUUCCCGUUCUCAUCAACCUGAGUCAGGACGCAGACGUGAACCUACCGGUGAAACCUCUCAUCUACGCCUUGGCCAUGGGGGCCUGCCUCGGGGGAAACGGCACGUUGAUCGGCGCUUCGGCCAACGUCGUGUGCGCGGGCAUCGCCGAGCAGCACGGCUACGGCUUCUCCUUCAUCGAGUUCUUCAGGUUAGGAUUCCCCAUGAUGAUCAUGACCUGCAUGAUCGGCAUGUGCUACCUGCUGGCCACCCACAUCGGACUCGGCUGGAACAUGUGAUCCAUGCAAAGAGACAUUUGGCUCGCUGUGAUUCGCCCGAUGGAGCGAUCAGAUGACGGGCGCUUAAUGGUGCACGGCGGCCAUAAUCACAGCAGGGACCAGAGCAACGGGAGCUUUGACCAGAAUUCUGAACCCUACGUGCAGAAAUUCAAAGUCACAAAUUCUCUUUUUGUCCUCACAAAAGUUGAUCCAAGGGACGUCCCCCAGGAAAGGUCCCAGUCCGUAACGCUGCUCAUGGUGCUACUGGUGCCUCUACUGGUGUAACUGGUGUUAUUCCAGGUAGUUCCUCUGGUGUCACAAUCAUUUCCGUUUACAAAUGUUUUCCUGAUGAAUUGUAUGACUCUGACUUGCUUUUAGAGACACUGAGGACACCGAUGACUCACAAACAUUUCCCUCACUGUGAUAUUUCAAAGGAACCGUUAUCACUCAGUGAAAGGGAUUUCAUCUUUAAAUGUUAGUGUGCUCGAGAUUCCCAAAUUUUAACGUGAAUGAAAAGCGGAGAUCAAACUGGAGCGUUGGCGGAGUGAUUAAAUAAGACGGACGUAGACUGUUAUAAAGGUAAUAUAUCAACAAUUGUACUAUGUACACGAUGAUGGCAUGUAAACUCAAUGAUUUUAGUCUACCACAUUUAAUGUAGAAGAUGCUGAGACAUGGAAUGGAUUAAUAUCACCUGUAUUUAUUGUACAUUUAUGAUUCACGUUUGAGACCAACAUGAACAAUAAAGGUUGUGAUGUUU